UCUCUCUCUCUCUCUCUCUCUCUCUGGGGCUCCUCCUCCUGAUCCCAAGGAACAAUUGCAAUUUCAAUUUGUCUAUUAAGUGAUUGAUGAGCUCUUCAAUGGCCACUGAUUGGUCUGACUGAAUGCAAUUCAAAAGGAGAAAUCUUGUGGGGAUCUUGCUGUCAUUCUGAGAUUACAUGUUGGGGGAGCGAAGAUGAUGCAGAACAGAAGAGCUCUGAGCAACAUCAACGUCAACGUCGUCGGAGCACGGCUUCCCUGCUCCGUCGCAGUCGGAGAACGAGGCUCGUCAGAUAAAAAUGCACUAUAUGAUAAGCAACCCUUCCACCCAGUGCAGCGACCAUGCCCAAGGAAAUUUCCUGUGUCGAUUGCUGGCGACCACCAGCAACUUCUUUUACCUGAGGAAACGAAGAAAACGGGCCAUGUGUUGCCAGAUCUUAAUGAGCCGGACCGCACGGUUAUAGAUCUCGAAGACUACAAGAUGAUGGCAGGUGACUUUUCUGCUCCAGUGUUUGUUCAACACACUGAGGCCAUUCUAGUCGAGAUUGAUGAAAUGGAUGAGAUUGAAAUGGAAGAUGCAUACGAAGAACCGAUCAUGGAUAUCGACAUAUGUGACAAGAAAGACCCACUUGCUGUCACUGAGUAUAUAGAUGACCUCUACCGGUAUUAUAAGAAAGUCGAGGGUAGUGGUUGUGUCCCGCCUAACUAUAUGGACCAGCAAUUUGACAUUAAUGAGCAUAUGAGAGCUAUUCUCAUUGAUUGGCUAAUUGAGGUGCAAUACAAGUUUCAAUUAAUGGAUGAGACCUUAUACCUCACAGUCAAUCUCAUAGACCGGUUCCUAUCCCUCUACCCGAUUGUGAGGAAGAAGCUCCAGCUUGUGGGGGUCACUGCGAUGCUCCUCGCAUGCAAGUAUGAAGAAGUUUCGGUCCCCAUCGUGGAGGACCUGAUUUUGAUCUCUGAUAGAGCCUACAACAGAAAAGAAGUGCUAGAUAUGGAGAGGCUCAUGGUGAACACGUUACAGUUCAACAUGUCAGUCCCUACUCCUUAUGUUUUCAUGCGGAGGUUCCUUAAGGCAGCUCAAUCAGAUAAGAAGCUUGUGCUUUUCGCCUUCUUCAUAAUGGAACUGUGCUUGGUCGAAUACGAAAUGCUGAACUUUCCACCAUCUCUGUUAGCUGCUUCUGCGAUCUAUACAGCUCAAUGCACUCUUAGUCGGUUUAAAUUUUGGAGCAAGUCCUGUGAAUAUUACACCGGCUACACGGAAGAGCUACUUCUGGAAUGCUCGAAAAGGAUGGUUGCUUUCCAUCAGAGUGCUGGAUCGGGAAAGCUCACGGGGGUUUACAGGAAAUACAGCAUGCCCAAGUUCGGUUAUGCUGCUAAAGCUGAGCCUGCGAGCUUUCUGUUAAACGCCACUCUCUAGCGAGCUUUUCUUGUUACGCAAGAAAAUCACCGAUAUGUUCUUAUCGUGUUACUGUUUGUUGGGUUGAAGUUAAAAGGAGGAGCAACUUCAUGUUGCUUCUAGGAGGAGCUUCAUUAGUUAGUCUGUCAAUUUCCAUAGAUAAAACUGAUAUCGUGCUCUUUUGCUAUGUAGUUAAAUGGAUGUGAAUCUGCGCUGGUUUUCGAGUCUUGUUACAUCAGUUGGUCUCAGAGAACAGUUUCAGUUUUCCAGUUUCUAUUUGUGAAAACUCCGAGUUCCCUUCCCCUGUUUUCCAACUUUUCCGGGUACUGUAACAAGUUUUCUUCAUCGAAAAAAACAUGUUGCAGGCUCGGUAUUUAAUACCGAGAUUGAUCCAAUGUAAAGCACCAUUAUUGAGAUUGAUCCGC